ACUGGGAAUGAAACGGUACACCGCUGACUUUGCCCUGUUGCUAAGGAAACAUCAACUGCGAACAAAAUGGCGAACAAGGAGAGCGAUGCUCAAGAGUACCUCAAAAAGCACAAGAUAAUGGAACUAUUUGAGAAUCUAACGGCACAGUUGAUCUACGAAAGACCAGAGGAUCCGAAAGCAUAUAUGAAACAGUUCCUGGAAAAAUUAAAAGAUGCAAGAACGGUGCAAAGAAACUACCCGUGUAUAUUUGAUGACAGCAAUGUGAGGUCCUUGUUUGGAAUGUUAGAUGUUACUGGCAAAGGCUUCAUAACCUACGAACAGUACAAACAAGGUCUUGAAACACUGGGAGUAAAAAAAUUUGACCGAGAUCCUCCUGGUGGUGAUGUAGACAGAAUAAGUGCCGAAGUAUUCUUAAAAGAGGCACGUCAAGGCCUUGCCCAGGCAUCCGCAACAUUCUCUUUGUAAUAUAAGUAUAUUUUUGGUUUUAGUUUUUAUAAUGGUAUGACAGAGCACUUCAGUGCAAAAACAUACUUAUUCUUUUGUCCAUAUUAGUGUAUAUAAGUUGUGUAAAUAAUUAUGCCAUUAAAAAGUUGAAAAUUA